AUGGAAUAUCUGACGGUAAAAGAUCCACUUAAAUUGCGGACUGAUUUAAAGGGGAGAUAUGACCACCUAAAGGCAACAGUGUUGCCAAGAGCUCGUUAUGAGUGGAUGCAUUUACAGUUUCAAGAUUUUAAGACCCAGCAAUAUCGUGAAAAGGGUUUUCAGAUAUAUUCUAAACUAAUCUCAUGUGUUUUGGUGGAUGAGCAACUUAAUGCUUUCUUAAUGAAAAAUCAUGAAGUUUCUCCCACUGGAGCUGCUCCAUUACCGGAGGCAAAUGUGGUGGGAGCACUUGAUCAAUCUGAAGCUCUAUCCAGUAAAAGGAAAGGAAAUAAAAGUGGUGCUUCCUCUUCUAAUGCUCGAGCUGAGUCACAUAUGACUCUUAAAGAUGAUAAGCCGCGAACAUCUCAGAAAUAUGAUAAGGAUGUUGAAGAAAAUUUGGCUUUAAAGGAUGAUAUUUUUGAUGACCUUAGUGAGAUUAUUCAUAUGGAAGUUGAUGACUUCUUUGGGGAUCGAAACUGA